AUGGUAUCAAUUAUUGGAGUAAUUUGGGGAGUCAUUAUGUCAAGUAUUUAUUGAAUUAUAAAUAGCCAUAGUAAUGUAUGCGUAAUAUUACUGCUUUUAGGAUGAUUAGCAAUAUAUAUUUUUGGACGCGUAUUUCAAAUAAAAUACUUUCCAAACCUUUUGUAUACAGUUCCUGAGAAAAAUAUAAAUAUUCUUUUUAAGUUUCAGCUUACUUCAAGGAUAAGUGCUGAUGAAAUUUUCCAAUCAAAUUCAAGAAAAUAUAAAAUUGUCAAUAGUAAUCGAAGAGAAAACGAUGCUUUAUUUUCUAGUAGCCUAAGAGAAAUUAAUCCAAUAUUUAGCAGUAGUCAAAGAGAAAAUGAUCCCAUGUUUUCUAAUAAUUAA